GGCGGCGGAGGGGGAAGGGCCGCGGGGCCCGUCCGGAGCGAGCGCCCGUCCCGCCUGUCCCGGCCCCGCGUCCCGCCUGUCCCGCCGACAUGACGCUCGCCGUCUUCUUCGGCUGCACCUUCAUCGCCUUCGGGCCCGCCUUCGGCCUGUUCCUCUUCACCAUCGCCCGCGAUCCGCUCCGCAUCAUCAUCCUCAUCGCCGGGGCUUUCUUCUGGCUGGUGUCGCUGCUGCUCUCGUCCCUCAUCUGGUUUAUUGCGGUGAAAGCCAGCGACCCGCGGGACGAGCGGCUGCAGAAGGGGCUCCUGAUAUUUGGGGUGAUGUUCUCUGUGCUGCUGCAGGAGGCCUUCCGCUUCCUUUACUACAAGCUCCUCAGGAAGGCCAUCGAGGGGCUGGUGGCUCUCAGUGAGGACGGCUGCUCCCCCAUUUCCAUCCAGCAAAUGGCAUAUGUGGCUGGCGUGGGCUUUGGUCUCAUGAGCGGCGCCUUCUCCAUGAUCAACCUGCUGGCUGAUGCGUUAGGGCCUGGCACUGUGGGCAUCCAUGGGGAUUCGCAGCUGUACUUCCUGACCUCAGCUUUUAUGACCAUGGUGCUGAUUUUCCUUCACACCUUUUGGGGGAUCCUCUUCUUCCAUGGCUGUGAGCAUCGGCGCUGGUGGGAGAUCGCGGCGGUCGUUGUCAUGCACCUCGCUGUUUCGGGGUCGUCGUUUUGCAACCCCCUGUACGUGGGCAGCCUGGUGCCCUCCUACAUUCUGAUGGCUGCUGCCGCUGCCUGGGCUUACCUACUGUCGGGGGGAUCUGCGCAGAACCUGCGGCGCUUCCUGCUCUGUUUACGGAGUGGAUCCAGCCCCCAGCCAGGAUCCUGAGGCCCUGCAGGAUGUUCCUGUCCCCAGCCACCCCUGCCCUCCCCUCUCCUAUCCUGGUGGCAGGAUUGGCCAUCACCUUCUCUGCAAUAUCUUUUCUCCUGGACUCGGGGACCCUGGCCAGCCCCGGCGGGGCAGGUGCUGGGGUCCGGCUGUGGCAGCCAACCUACCAACCAACCAGUGUGGCUGGGACUCCAAUGCCCCUUUGGGAGCCCCCAUAGAACAGCUCAGUGUUGAGGGGCCUGACUCCACUGGCCCUGCCGUGAGCUCAGCCCCAGAUAGCUUGCCUGUGAAGGAUGCUACCUUGGACUGCUGGAGUCUUGAGCCCAAAGAAACCCAUCGCUUCUCCCCCCGCCGUCACAGGCGUUGCCCCCACCGUGCAAGGGUGGGGUGCCCGCAUUGCCUCCUCGCUGCAGGGUGGAGGAAGGGGCUUUGCAAAGUGCUGCUGUGCUCUGGCUCACAGCAGACCCUUGUGAGGCUCCUUUCUCCACCUCUUUGCCCAGUCUUGCUGCCACAGGAGCCACGGCCCAGGCGCUCACCUGCGGUAGCGCCGUGAGCUGUCACCUUGGUACAGCAGGAUGGUGCUGGGAGACCCAGGGGUACUGAGAGCUUGCAGGGUGGGAGGAGAAAGAGGGAGAAGGCAGUAUCCAAAGGGCGCAGUGGACACGGAGGGUGGCGGAGGGAUUGGGAGGAGAUGCAAUGCCACAGCUGUUGCCGGCACAGAUUUGGGAGAGGGUUCAAGGGACCAUUCCAAUGGAUCAUUGCCCUCUCCUGUUCUUGGGGAUUUUCAGGCGGGUACCAGCCCUGAUUCUGUGCCACAGGGCUGGGAGGGAGAAACUGCCAUCGGGCUGAGAAGGCAGUUUUAUCCAUAGUGGGCUUUUAUACCAAUAAAAUUAAGUACCACAGAGAA